AUGUCUAAUCGAGCCCUUGCCCGAGACAUGCAAGUUGAGUUUCAGGCUAGGACGCUGAUACGCAUCAAGUUCCAAGCCAAGCAGGCCCGACGCGAAGCACAAAAGGCUGCCAAACAGGACCCAAUACUGAAGAAGCAGAUUCAGGACUCGGACACUGAUGGCGGAUUCAUUCAGCUGCUCAAAAAGGGCGAAACAGCAAAGGCAUACCAGAAGGCCAAGAUGCUCCUUUCCAAGCAGGCUUUGGCUCAGCAGAUGGACCAGAUGGCGGAUAUGGCCGAGCUCUCUGCCGCCCAGAUCCAAGCCAAUAACUCAAUGAAUCGCAUGACGCACAUGAUGGGCCAGUCAUCCCGUACCAUGUCGAUGGCGCAGAAGAAUAUGAACCCCGAAAAGACCCUCGUCACCCUUGAGCAAUUUAAGCAACAGAACGAAGAGUACGCCGUGUCCAACGGAAUUUACCAAGACGCCAUUUCGCAAUCUACAAGUGCGCAAGUCUCCGAGGACGCCGUCCACGAGCUCCUGGGCAAGUUGGCCGACGAUGCUGGUGUGCAGCUCAAUGCGGAGCUCAACAGCGCGACGCCAGCCAAGGAGGAGCUCGUCUCCAACGAACCCACUGCCGAGGAGGAAGACGCCUUGCAGCAGAGACUACGUGCUUUGAGGGCGUAA